UGAAAUAUUCGAAGUACUCUUAUUUAAAGCUUGUAUCUCUUUUAAUACCCAGAUCCUAUUAGCAUGGAUGCUUCAGGAGACGCACCCGCCGCCCUCAGCGAGCAGGAGCUGCUGGCGUCGCUUCCUCCUCCCCCCUCGGCUCUUCCCGACUACCCAGGACCAUCAAACACCAUCGAAGAGGAGCACACUACAGCUGAAUCCGCCAGCGAAGAUGCCCCAGACAGCAACAGUCGAUCUUCCUCCAGCUCUAAACUACCUGGAUCUGCAGCCAAAGCUUCGUCUGCUGCGCGUUCUAUGGCCUCCAAGCUGGCCAAAAGUGGACGUAAAGUUCUGUCGCCUCUAGGUCACAGUAGCAAGCCUAGCUCCAAAACUACAGCUACAUCGUCUCCAGCCUCCACUACGACCCGUAGCGAAACUGAGACGAGCUCUCCGAGCUCAGUAGACGCUACAAUCGCUGAUCAACUGGGCUCUGUGGCCUCCGCUGCUGGCACCUUGACGUCAGGCCUCACAUCGUCCAUAGCUAGUGCGUCAUCGUCCUUUGGAUCGCUGUUAUUCGCGUCCCAAAGCUCCAGUAUUAGCAACACUGACGAAGUCGAAGAACGCUCGAGUAGUGCCGACCGCGCUGCUGAAGAGGCUGCAGCUGUUGCAGCCGAAGCAGCGGAAGUAUUGCGACAGGUGUCAGCUCAACAGAGAAUGAGGAUCUUGGAGGACUUGGUACAGCACCGACGCUCGGACUGGAACUACCUUAAAGCGAUGCAUGAAGGCUCCAACUAUUGGCUGAAUGUAGCUCUACUGAGAGAGCAACAGGUGAUGAAUCAUGUGGGAUACAAGCAGAGUAUUCGACGGGGUGCACAGUUCUUUUACUUGGGCAUUGGACUGGGGAGAUUAGUGGGGGAAUCGACCCACCCGGAGCUGCUGGCCAUGGACUGCUGCCAGUUGCUGGAAGAACUGGAAUUUUACUUCUCGUCGUCGACGGUGCAAGGAAUGAAACUGAUGGUGGCGACGUCGAGUACGCUACACGAGCCUCUGGGCAAGGAGAACAGUCCGCAAUACUCAGCCGAUGAGCCAUUCCGCCCAACCAUGCACAAGUGGAACCAACGACCGGCUUACCGGCGACUUAUGACGCCUCCGAUUCCUUUCCCGCUGGACUACAGAGAGAUUCUGCUGUCUUUAUGCGAUAUUCUAGCGCUCAUUUACAGCAAACUUGUCGAGGACAACAGUGCCUCCGAGAACUUAAACCUCUUCCAGUCGAUCAUCCGCUUCGACGAUCGGAUCAAGGUGCCAUACUACGAGUUUGCAGCUUAAAAACCUAUCAACUAACAUUCUUGAUGUGCUUCGCUGACUGUCUAGAAACUUUUCAUCGACCCUGUGAAGAAGGAGUUUUCAGCCGUAGCGUCUCAAGUAAUGGCCGAGGAGAUGCGACUCGUUCGCAAGGCCUACGCGUCAGGAUCUCGGGAAGAGCCUCUACCAACGCCUCAAUCGGAAAGUGAAAACACCCCCGCUACGAAUGGGGACUAGACGCAUACAUUAAGAUGCUUUUACAUUUUCAACAUGAUACUCUCUGCCUAUGCUUACGCUGUCA